AUGUCAAUAAUUCCUUAUGCACAAUCUGGUGUAUUACAAGUAUCAAGGAAAACAAUAACAAUUAUCAUCUGUGCAUACGAUCAUCAGCAGAGAGCAGAUUGGUUAGACUGCCUGCCUGCAAUAUUGAGGACACAGUGGACGGAUCCCCAUCCAUUCCGCGCAGCUUUUAACUUCUGCGUCAAAUACUGCACACGACAAAACGUUUGGAGCGCCAAGAGAUAUAUAACGUGUAGCGGAGAAAGAGUGAAAGAGCGUGUUCGAAUGAUGCCAGCAUCCGCUGCUGCAGCUGUCGCGUCCCGGACUGCUUCCGUCUUUAAAGCAUCUCGUAGUCUGACCCGAAAUGCCUCAUCUUUCUUCCAGACAACGACCUCGUCCUCCUCAUCUACUGCUACGAACUCAUAUUCACAUUCUUCCUCUCGAACGACCAAAUCUACAAAUACAAAUACGUCUGAAAUCAUGGCGAACGUAGAAGUGCAGCAACAGGUCCAGGCGCAUCAAACUCAAGCCCAGCUCGAGGCUCAAGUAACAAAGACGACGAACAUGUCUAACUUACAAGCACCCCUGCCGAGGCAUAUCCCGCACUACGGUGCUCUUCGUCGACCUUUACCAAAUAGCUAUUGGGCUACACCCUAUCUUGUGGCCUGUGAAUAUCCUUGGGCCCCAGGGACAAUCCGUCCCAAGCUCGACGCACUCCUCGCCGCAGGUGUACGGACCUUCAUCGACUUAACCGUUUCAGGAGAACUCUUGGGUUACUCCCAACUUCUCCCAGUCCGUGCACACUCCUGCGGCCUCUCACCCAGCGAAACACACACGAUCGAAUACUACCGCUUCCCCAUCCCGGACCGUUCCCUACCUUGUUCUCCGGCAUUCCUCGCGCGAAUACUCACUGUUUUGCAUAAUUGUGAAAAACGAGGGAGAAUUGCUGCAAUUCACUGUCGUGGUGGUAUUGGGCGGACAGGGACGGUCGUAGGAUGCUGGUUAGUUCAGAGUGGAAGGUGUAAGGAUGGUGAAGAGGCGUUAAACGUUAUUGCACAGCAAUGGGCAACCGUUGAGAAACAUGCUCGCUUUCCGUGUUCCCCCGAGACGGGUGCGCAGGCGGAAUUUGUGAGGCACUUCAACAAGAUGCUAAUUGCGGCUGAAGAGAACAAGCAGCAAGAGGAGACUAGGGAUGGGAAGAGAGGUUUGUGAGCGGCUAGCCGCACCGCACUGAGUUAUUAUUAUGUCUUGUGCUUUUCUUUUGGGCCUAUCUCAAACUCCGUCCCCGCCGUGCCCUCGCCAUGAACACCUGGCAUCCAAAGUCUUUUCUCUUGCCAUCAUCUACUGUUACCCCGUAAAUCUACGCACUCUAUAUUGGAUCCUAGAACGUACCCUCGGAUCGGGAGCAUACAUUUCCGUUCCGAGUCUAGCUUUGUCAUCAACUCUCUAAGUAUUCCCUCUCCCAUCUAGUUCUCCGUCAUUGUACAUAUCCACCUAUUACCAUAUCCCUAUCGACCCGGCCUAGAUCUCUAUCUC